GGAUAAAUAAUAAAAUAAAUUACAUUAUCACAAACCAAUAGAGUUCAAUAUAAUCUAUAAUACCUUUGUAGGUUUAUGACGUCAGUAAGUUUCUCGCUGUUCAUCCCGGUGGUAAAGAUGUCUUACGUAUGGCGGCAGGGAGGGAUGUGACACUUGUGUUCCAGUCUUACCACGCUUUCAGCGACCAUGCACCCAAAAUAUUAGAAAAGUAUUGCGUCGGUGAUCUGGUAACCAGUAAUGUCCCUACUUUUCCAGAACCUGGGGCUUUCUAUAACACAGUAAGAAAAAGGGUACGGCAACAUUUCAAGGACACGAAGCAGGAUCCGAAGAGCUCAGGAUGGAUGUGGUUAAGGCACUUAAUUAUUCCAUCCCUGGUUGUGUUGAUGUGGUUUGCACAGGUGUUCUUUGCGUCCUACAGUCUCUUCCUAUCUUGCAUCGCGGCAGCUCUAUUGGGCUGGUUCUCUGCGUUGUCAUGUAUGAUAAACAUUCACGAUGCAAGUCAUUUUGCUGUGACAAGUAAUCCCAUUGUAUGGAGAGUGGUUGGCCAUAUUCACGACUACCUCAACGGAUGUUCCUAUCAUGUUUGGAUUCAUCAGCAUAUUUUUGGUCAUCACCCGUACACCAACAUUGAUGGAUUUGAUCCUGAUAUCAGUACGGCCAAUCAUGUGAGUUGUGCAUAUACUUUACUGACACUCUUUUCUUGCUGCUUGCAGCUGGGUUUGAAAACACACAUACAGGAUUUCUUUGUAUUUAUAAUUAACAAGAGGAACAGCACCAGUACUUUCAACACUUUGCCCACGUCUCAUUUGGUUAUUUUCCUUACCGGCAAACUUUGCUUCUUAAUUCACAAAGUGGUUCUUCCGUGGAUGCUGCUCUCAUUCAGGGAAAUGAUUGUUCUCGUAAUUUUUGCGGAGGUGGCGGCAGGUUAUUGGCUGGCUCUAAUAUUUCAGGCCUCCCACGUUGUAAGCGAGGUCGACUGGCCACAACCAGAUGCAGAUGGAAAGGUCAAUCGUGACUGGGCAGAGCUACAGAUUGAGUCGACCCUAGAUUACGCCACGGAUAGUUGGUUUUGUAACGUUUUCACAGGAGCUCUUAACCAUCAAACGGCCCACCACCUGUUCCCUAGUGUAGCUCAGAUUUACUAUCCACAGAUAACUCCUAUCGUAGUCCAAGCAUGCAAGGAGUUUGGUGUGAGAUAUAAUUACAAGGAUACAAUGUUUGAGGCGCUUGGUGCUCAUAUCUCACAUCUUAAGACGCUGGGACAAGAGAAAGAUAAACCUGUUGUCACCAGACCUGAGGUGUGGAAGGGUUGACACAUCGUUUUUAAUUAAGCAUGUUGCCAAGCAACGUGACGAAAUUUGGGGUGCCAUGUUGACGUGACAUCGUUUUACCAAUGUCAGGCAGCUUCAGGCGAACUUGUUUGUUGACGUUAUUUUUUACAUUUUGCCUCAUUAGCAUAAGACUUUGCACUGAGGAGGCAUCACGAAUUGACUUUACAGUUAAAGUGCUUGUACAACUUGCUACAUGGUGAGGUUUUAGCACUUUGUUUGCCCUAUUGAAGGGGAUAUUUCAAAAACUGCAAAAUUACUGGAUGAACCCGUGCAGUCUUUGUGAAAUUUUAAAACUAAAUUUUUUAAACUUUAGUGGCACAAAAAGUAUUUCAGUAACAGAUCGUUCUCAAAUUUCUUGAGACAGCUAACCAUGCUGUGCCCUUUCAAUAUUCAGAACUGGUAUUUUAGUAGCUCGAUAGGAAAGUGAAUAGCUUUAUGCCAAUGAGGCAAAUGUUAUAAACAAAGAUUACUCCUGUUACUGUAGAUUGUGACAGAAUCAGUCUUUUCGUUUGUUGUAUUAUUGUAAGGUCGCCGAACAACAAUACAAACUUUUCAAUCUUUUUUUGUAAUUUGCUGUAUAAAUAGAAUACACUGCACAUAAAAAAUGCGUUACAUGGUAUAAAUCGCUCGCACUGCUCGAAAAGUUGUUUCACAAAGAAAAACGCGAAUCUCAAGGACAACAAAAUCAACAGGACAAUUUUCCUGUCAUUACAUGGCUAUCACAGCAUUUUCAGUGAGGAAGUCACUAUUUUAAUAAACUUGACUGGGGAUUAUCUUAAUGGGCAAUAAAACGGGGAAUAUUACUGUUAGUCUAAAAGGAAUUGUAAUUAGAAUUAAAAAGGAGCUACUCUUAAGCUAAAUUAAGGAGUUCAAUUAUUAUCUUUAUUACUGAUAAGAAUGACACUUUUUUGAAGAGUAAUUAAUUUGAUAAUAUAUUGAAAAUAUUUAUAUCAAUGAGGGUGCAACAAAUAAUUCCAAAAUAAGAUCUAACAGUAAAGGAAUAUGAAUUGCGUAUGGAUUUGCAGUAUGGAUUUUUCAAAGCGGGAGACAAAAAAAAAAAAAAAAAA